AUCUUUAUUUUUAACCCUUUUUUGAGUUAUUUGCUUUUGUGCUUUCUGUCGUUUGCCCUCUCUUACUCUCUCUCCCACUCCCUUUCUCCUUCUUUUCUCCUUUUCUUCUCUCCUUCCCUCUGUCUCAUCGCUUCUCUCUUCAUUUUAAAAUCCAAGUACUCUUUUCUCUGAGUGUCCCUUUACUAUCGCAAUGUUUUCCUGUUUCAUGAAUGUAAUAUCUUCUCUAAAAACAAUAUUCUUUUUUUAAAAUUUUUUUGUAUAAAUUACUUUUUUUCCUCUUUGUUUCAGUCUCUAACUUACAUGUUAAAAGUUUCCUUCUGAUAUUCGAUAGACCUCAGUUGUCUAAACAUGACUGAAAGGAAGGCUGAUGGGAAAUUCUGAGAGCAUACAGGGGACUUGUCUGAGUUUCAUUUUAGGGUGAUGGUGAGCCAUUUGUCUAAGGAAUCUUUGAAGUCAGUAUUUAUAGUUAUUUUUCACUGGAUUCAGCAGAUUCUCCAUGUCAAGAACUGUGAAGAAUCUAAGAUUAUACUGUAUAUAUCAUUGAAAAUUCUUCUCCAUCAUUUCUCAUGUUUCUGAGCAGAGAGAAACAUUUUAUGAGCAGAGACACUGAAAACCUUCUGUUUACAGACUAUCUUUUUAAGGAUGCGUGUGCAAUGAACAGCUUUGGAAGUUAUAGACAGUGUCUCUGUCUAGAACAUACAGUAUAUUUAUUUACUUUCCAGUAUAAUGGACAGUGCAAAAGUUAGAUAGGUUUUUUUAUAGCUACCCUUUUAAAAGAUAGAGGUUUCCUAAGCUUAGGGUUCCUCAAUUGUGACCAAAAACCCACUGUAUGCAUAGUAUCCACUUGGCCGGCCUCCAUGUCACUCUCAUGGGACUUGAGGGAGUGAAUACAAGGGAAACUAAUAUGAACAAGAAGCUCAUGCUGCUUGCUAUGCUGUGCAUAAUCAAACCUUUUGUCUUUGACCCGAGAGUCUUGUGCCUUCUGCCAUCAUCUAUGAAACUGUGGCAGACUAGCUUGUUAGGUUGCAAGUUUGGUAAAAAUCUCAGAUUUUAUAGUUCUUGAAAUGCCAUAGAAGACUCUUGUCUGUCUCCCUCCUAGAGAGUAAGAAUCUAGCUGACAGCCUUCUAGGAGCCCAGUAGAGAACAAUUUUGGAAUCUCUGCACUUAGUAUUCAAUAUGCCUAUGCUCAUAUGUUCAUGUGCUCUAGGUUUUGCCAGGUGAUUUUUAGGUCGGAGGACUUUGAUUCUCUUCAGAGAAUAAAAUUCCAGACUUCUGCUAGGGUGAAGGAGGUGACAGCGACCUAGAGGCAUGUAGUAGGGGAAAGAACACAGGAAUCCGUUUUGUUCUGUGCUGAUAGGUUCCCUUCUCAAGAAAGCAUUGCCUGGCUUUUCUGUUUAAAAUUGCUAUCUUUUUCAUCCCUCUUUCCUUUCUUUAUUUUUCUCCGUAGCACUUACUACUUAUAACUUUCAAAUGUAUUAUAUCAUUUACUUACUAUAUUUAUUCUCUAUCACACCACUUUGUUAGGAUAUAAGCUCUAUGAGGUCGGAGAUUUUUAUCUCUUUCAUUUUACUGUGUAUCCUGAACACCUAGAGAAUACCUGAUACAUAAUAAGUAUUCACUAAAUAUUUGUUGAUUGGAUGAGUGAAUGAAUUACUAGGAAGUUGCACAUCUGUUGCCUGUUGCUUCUGGCUUGAGAAUAAAAUUAAAAUGAAGUUUAUUAUCGGUAAGUCACUGGUAUUUCUUUUUUAAAGCUUAAAAUAUUGAUGUCAGUUGAGGAUAUAGGCAACUUUCACUGAAGUCAUUCCACAGCAAUUUAGAAUUACUGAUUUUGUAUACAACUUCUUAUCUGGCAUGAGAAUUCCUUUAGAGCAUUCCUAAAGGCAGCCUUCUUUUUUCCGUCUGAUCAUUUUUAGUAUUGUUGGUAGAACCGAUGGGUUUGCUGAAGAAUUGGUUGUGAGGCAUGGAAAAGAAGAAUGAAUAAAGAUCACAGAUCUAGUAUGACUUUAGCCUUUCCAGCCUCAGUUCAUGAUUCUCUAAUUUGCAGUAAAACAUUUCAAAUUUUGUACAAAAAUGAAGAGGUUGUUUUAAAUGAUGUUAUGAUCUUCAAAGUAAAAAUGUUAUUGGAUGAAAGAAAGAUUGAAGAAACCCUUGAGGAAAUGAAUUUUCUGUUAUCCUUGGAUCUACACUUCACAGAUGGAGAUUAUUCGGCAGAUGAUCUGAAUGCCUUGCAACUAAUAAGUAGCCGAACACUGAAGCUGCACUUUAGCCCCCAUAGAGGCCUUCAUCAUCAUGUUAAUGUUAUGUUUGAUUAUUUCCACCUUUCUGUUGUGUCUGUUACAGUUCAUGCAUCAUUGGUUGCACUACACCAGCCACUAAUAAGCUUUCCUCGCCCUGUGAAGACAACUUGGUUAAAUAGAAAUGCACCAGCACAAAACAAAGAUUCCGUGAUUCCUACUCUUGAAAGUGUGGUCUUUGGUAUUAACUACACAAAACAGUUAUCACCAGAUGGUUGUAGCUUCAUCAUUGCAGACUCCUUCCUACAUCAUGCCUAUCGUUUUCAUUAUACACUUUGUGCCACUUUGCUGCUAGCCUUCAAGGGAUUGCACAGCUACUUCAUUACGGUAACAGAAGAGAUUCCCUCUUGUCAGAAACUAGAACUGGCCAAGGCCAACAUGCAGCUCCUAUAUGAGCGUCUUCUCAGAAGAAAACAGCCACGAACACAGAAAGACAACCAUCUAGAGGAAAUGGAUGUAGAAGCUCGACUUACUGAACUAUGUGAAGAAGUUAAGAAAAUAGAGAAUCCUGAUGAACUGGCAGAACUUAUCAAUAUGAAUCUUGCACAACUUUGCUCACUUUUGAUGGCUUUAUGGGGACAGUUUCUGGAAGUUAUAACACUACACGAAGAACUAAGAAUAUUAUUAGCACAAGAGCACCAUACUUUGAGGGUACGCAGAUUUUCUGAGGCAUUCUUUUGUUUUGAGCAUCCAAGAGAAGCUGCCAUUGCAUACCAGGAACUUCAUGCUCAGAGUCAUCUACAGAUGUGCACCGCUAUCAAAAAUACUUCCUUCUGCAGUUCUCUUCCACCCUUACCUAUUGAAUGUAGUGAAUUAGAUGGAGAUCUCAAUUCAUUACCUAUAAUCUUUGAAGAUAGGUAUUUAGAUUCAGUUACUGAAGACUUAGAUGCACCCUGGAUGGGAAUUCAGAAUCUUCAGAGAUCAGAGUCCAGUAAAAUGGAUAAAUAUGAGACUGAAGAAAGCUCUGUAGCAGGACUUUCUAGCCCAGAGUUGAAAGUCAGACCUGCUGGUGCCUCCAGUAUUUGGUAUACAGAAGGUGAAAAGCAGCUAACAAAAUCUCUAAAAGGAAAGAAUGAAGAAUCAAAUAAAUCCAAGGUUAAGGUUACUAAGCUUAUGAAAACAAUGAAAUCUGAAAACACAAAAAAAUUAAUAAAACAGAACUCUAAGGAUUCUGUGGUUUUGGUAGGCUACAAAUGUUUGAAAAGUACAGCAUCAAAUGAUCUCACUAAAUGCUUUGAAGGCAAUCCUUCACAUAGUCUGAAGGAAGGUCUGGAUCCCACAAUAUGUGGAUAUAAUUUUGACCCAAAGACCUACAUGAGACAGACAAGUCAAAAGGAAGCUAGCUGUUUGCCAACUAAUACAGAGAGAACUGAACAAAAGUCUCCAGAUAUUGAAAAUAUGCAACCAGACCAGUUUGAUCCUUUGAACUCUGGCAACCUAAAUCUUUGUGCAAAUUUGUCCAUUUCAGGUAAACUUGAUAUCUCCCAGGACGAUAGUGAAAUUAUACAAAUGGAACACAAUCUGGCAUCCAGAAGGUCAUCAGACGAUUGCCAUGAUCAUCAAACAUCCCCAUCUUUGGGAGUUAGAACAAUUGAAAUAAAGCCCAGUAAUAAAGAUCCUUUCAGUGAAGAGAAAAUAACUGUCAAACUAGGACCUUGGACAGAGCUUCGACAAGAAGAAAUACUUGUGGAUAAUUUACUACCCAACUUUGAGUCCUUAGAAUCGAAUGGUAAAUCUAAAUCUAUAGAAAUAACAUUUGAAAAGGAAGCUUUGCAGGAAGCAAAGUGUCUUUCUAUUGGAGAAUCAUUAACUAAAUUAAGAAGUAAUCUACCUGCCCCUUCUACAAAAGAAUAUCAUGUUGUAGUAAGUGGAGAUACAAUUAAGUUACCAGAUAUUAAUGCCGCAUAUGCCUCAUCUAGAUUUUCAGAUUCGGGUGUUGAAAGUGAACCAAGUUCUUUUGCGACACAUCCAAACACUGAUUUAGUCUUUGAAACUGUGCAAGGGCAAGGUCCUUACAAUAGUGAAAGAUUAUUUCCUCAGCUUUUGAUGAAACCUGAUUAUAAUGUAAAAUUUUCAUUAGGAAAUCAUUGUACUGAGAGUACAAGUGCUAUAAGUGAAAUACAGUCAUCUUUGACAUCCAUAAACUCUCUGCCUUCUGAUGAUGAACUGUCACCUGAUGAAAAUUCUAAGAAAUCUGUUGUACCUGAAUGCCAUCUAAAUGAUAGCAAAACUGUAUUAAGUCUAGGAACGACUGAUUUGCCAAAAUGUGAUGAUACUAAAAAGUCAAGUAUCAUUUUGCAACAGCAGAGUGUUGUGUUUUCAGGGAACUUGGACAAUGAAACUGUAGCAAUACAUUCCUUAAAUUCAAGCAUUAAAGACCCUUUACAAUUUGUUUUUUCAGAUGAAGAUACUUCCAGUGAUGUGAAAAGUAGUUGCAGCUCCAAACCUAACUUGGAUACUAUGUGUAAAGGCUUCCAGAGUCCUGAUAAAUCUAAUAACUCUACAGGGACAGCAAUUACAUUAAAUUCAAAACUGAUUUGUUUAGGCACUCCUUGUGUCAUUUCAGGUUCCAUUUCUACUAAUACAGAUGUUAGUGAAGAUAGAACUGUGAAAAAAAGUAGUGAUGUAUUAAAUUUCAAACAAAUGUAUUCAGAAAUCCAUACAGUUGAAAGUGAAACUCAUCUGGGUACAAGUGAUCCUUUUUCAGCCAGUACUGAUAUAGUAAAGCAAGGGCUUGUGGAAAAUUAUUUUGGUUCUCAAAGCAGUACGGAUAUUUCUGACACAUGUGCUGUCAGCUACAGCAAUGCACUUAGCCCUCAGAAGGAAACUUCUGAAAAAGAAAUUAGUAAUCUUCAACAGGAACAGGGUAAAGAGGAUGAGGAGGAAGAGCAGGAUCAACAAAUGGUUCAAAAUGGGUACUAUGAAGAAACAGAUUAUUCAGCUUUGGAUGGAAGAAUAAAUGCUCACUAUACAAGCAGAGAUGAACUAAUGGAAGAAAGACUUACAAAAUCCGAAAAAAUAAACAGUGACUAUCUGAGAGAUGGUAUAAAUAUGCCUACUGUCUGUACUUCUGGUUGUUUGUCCUUCCCAUCUGCACCACGAGAGUCUCCUUGUAAUGUUAAAUAUUCUUCCAAAAGUAAAUUUGAUGCCAUUACAAAGCAGCCAAGCAGUACUUCUUACAACUUCACUUCUUCAAUUUCUUGGUAUGAAAGUUCACCAAAACCUCAAAUACAAGCCUUCCUUCAGGCAAAAGAAGAACUGAAGCAACUAAAACUUCCUGGGUUCAUGUACAGUGAAGUUCCUCUGCUGGCAUCCUCAGUACCUUAUUUUAGCAUAGAAGAAGAGGAUGGUUCUGAAGAUGGAGUACAUCUGAUUGUCUGUGUGCAUGGUUUAGAUGGAAACAGUGCAGAUCUUCGAUUAGUAAAAACUUACAUUGAACUUGGACUGCCUGGGGGAAGAAUUGAUUUUCUUAUGUCUGAGAGAAAUCAGAAUGAUACUUUUGCUGAUUUUGAUAGCAUGACUGAUCGUCUUUUGGAUGAGAUAAUACAGUAUAUUCAGAUAUAUAGUCUAACAGUCUCCAAAAUAAGCUUUAUUGGACAUUCAUUGGGCAAUUUAAUAAUUCGUUCAGUGCUUACAAGGCCAAGGUUUAAAUAUUACCUCAACAAACUUCAUACGUUUCUGUCUCUUUCUGGACCUCACCUUGGUACACUCUACAACAGCAGUGCUCUUGUUAAUACAGGUCUCUGGUUUAUGCAGAAAUGGAAAAAAUCAGGUUCGCUUUUGCAGCUGACAUGUCGAGAUCACUCAGACCCUCGCCAAACUUUUUUAUAUAAGCUUAGUAACAAAGCAGGGCUUCAUUAUUUCAAAAAUGUUGUGCUAGUGGGAUCUCUACAGGAUCGCUAUGUUCCUUAUCACUCUGCCCGCAUUGAAAUGUGUAAAACAGCUUUAAAGGACAAACAGUCAGGGCAGAUCUAUUCCGAAAUGAUCCACAAUUUGCUUCGCCCAGUUCUGCAAAGCAAGGACUGUAAUUUGGUUCGCUACAAUGUCAUCAAUGCAUUGCCCAAUACAGCUGAUUCACUCAUUGGGAGAGCUGCACAUAUAGCUGUUCUUGAUUCGGAAAUCUUUUUAGAGAAAUUCUUUCUGGUUGCUGCCCUCAAAUAUUUCCAAUAGUAUAAAAGCAUUGUUAGCGACUGGACAAUUACCUCAUUCAACAAUGUUUCAAAUAAUGUAUUAUAUUAAAAUGUAGAUGCUGAUAAGUUCUAAGAAAUAUUUAUACCUUUUUAUAUGGAAGAUAAUUUAUAUCAUCCAUGUUUAGUGCUUUUUACUUUCUAGGUAAUGUGGCUGUGCAAUAUUUUUUAAUUUUAUCUUUUUACUUUUCUAUUACUUUUUCAUAUAUUUUGCUACCUAAGUAUUUCAGUGAAACUUUAAGCCCAUACCUAUGUCUGAUUGUUUAUUAUCGGCUUUCCACAAUUCUUACAUCAGACUACAUUAUAUUAGAGACCAUUAUUGCUAGAAUAGCGUGAGAUUUAAAAUUUUCUAAUACUGGGGGUAUUAUUUAGUUAAUUAUAAAUUUUACUUUUCACAUUUUACUGUGUUUUAACUGGAAAUAAAAUUAUGGCUGCUACAAUAUAUUUUUUGAAAUCAACUUCUGUAGUUCUAAAAUACACCUUUAUCAUACAAUCAAACCAGGUAGUUCAUAUAUGACAGUGUCAUAAAAGUUUUCUAUAAAGUCAUUACUGUUGCUUAAACAUACGUCAUGCCUAUUAAAAUAUAUUUUCUACUGGUGAUUUCAACAUUAUUUCUCAUACUGACUUUUAUUACUGGAAAUUUUCCUGUUCAUGUUGGCAGCAGAUAAAGAUUUUUGAAUGUUUGAAUGCCCUCUGCCUUGAUUUGGUUGGAAUUUUUGCUAAAUUGGUAAUGUUGCUUGAACUUUAUGACUACAUUUUCUUUUAACUUUUUUCAUGGACUUCCUUAUAUGUACAUAAUAAUUAAAUGUUGAAAUUUAUGAAAUACUUUUAUGAAUUUAGAUAAUUUUUAAAUAUUGUUAAAAUUUAUUGAACUAAAAAGUAAUGUAAAUAAAAUAAUUCAUGUUAAAAAUGGAACAAAAUAAUUAACUUUACAUGUUUGGUGAUACAGAUGCAAAUGUUUUUGAUAUAUGGAGAUGUUGAGUCUUUUGACUUUACUAAAGGUGCUGAAUAGCAUUAAAUUCACUAUUUUCCUCCUCUGUUUUACUUGUGAAAAUAAAAAUGCACUAAGGUUGGGUAUAAGUUCUGUUUGCACUCACUAAUUGUGACAGACAGAGGUUUUUGUAAGUAUUUAUUGUACAAUUGAUGCAUGUUUAUUUUUAGCGUUGUGUUAUUGCCUCUGGUGUUAAUAAAUGAACAAAUGGCUAUCUGGAGGAACAGCUA